CCUAUUAUGAAGACUGCUGCAUAUCGGCACUGAGCCGGUGAACGAGUCGCGGCCGUGCGACGGACUGGUCUAACAAGCUGUGGCCUGAGGAGAAACAUUAAUACAAUUAGCAUUGGGGGCUGGCCCCAUUCAGCAAAAGCUUAGCCGUGCAGCGGUCCUCGAAGUCAAUUCCUCUCGCCUUUAGCGAGUCACAGGCGUCGCUUGGAUCAAGGGAGGCUGUAUUUUAUAAGCAGCUAUGGAUGAUGACGCACCAAAGGCCGCGCCUAAAGCUGGUCGGCGUGCAGCCCGUACCGCUAACACAUGGGGCGAUGACUCGGCAGCACCACCGGAACCACAGAAGGGUGGCUUCGGUCUAGAUUCAGGCUUUGGGGGUGGAGGCGGUUCGCCGCGGGGGAACGCCUUUGGGGCCGAGGACUCCGCGCCCCCCAAACACGUCGCCUCCACCAACUUUGCGCCCUCCGGCGAUGAUGAGCCAGCGCCGGCGCCGUCGCGCCAGCGCACCGGUGACGCCAGCGGCGAUCGGCCCUCACGUGGGGGUGCGCCGCCCUCGCGGCCCCCGCCCGCGGAGAUUUUGGGCGAGGACAGCAAGAAGUUUGUGGGCGUGUCGCGCCGCAAGCAGGAGCAGCUGGCUCGCGGCGACGACGAAGUCAGCCGCAAGAACCUCAAGUACGAGACGCUGACUGCGGGCGUGGACGGCAUCAUGGAGAUCCCGGAGCUGGAGGAGGAGGGGCGCGAGGACCUGUCCAACAUUGUUGCUGAGGCUCCCAAGGUGCGCACCAACAAGGUGCAGGGCAUGGAGGAGCUGGAGGAGGACAUGCACUACAAGCUGCCCGCCAUGGACGACCGCGACAUCGACCUGUCGCUGCUCACAGCGGUGCUGUGCUCCUCAGAGCAGGUGGCUGAGGCGGAGGACCCCUGGGACCCCGACAUCGUGCUGACGGAGGUGGCGUCCGCCAUCAACGCCGAGCGCGAGAAGGCGGAGGGCGGCGAGGCGCCGGACGACAUGGGCGGAAUGCGCGACGAGCAGGGCAUGCCCAUGCCCAUCAAGCUGUAGGCAGUGGCGGGGCCGGGGGCCGGGAGGGGGGCGCAGCAGGAGUAGGAGGAGCGACUGGGGGCCGCCGCCGCAGCAGCAAUAAGGGGUGCCGCGCAGCUGGCUCGUGAAGGAGUGGUGUUGCAGAAUGGUGUGCCACGUGCGCAGCGACCUUGGGCGUGUGCGACAGUAUGCAAGCGGUGGUGCUUGUAGCUGGGCGUCGGUGGCGGUGGUGGCCAUGGUUACCGGCAGCGCCUCAGGCGCCCUAGCUGACAUGUGCCAAGGACAGGUCUGGCCCAGGCUCUGGCUGGCUAGAGCCGCUGCAAUAGCGGUACGCUGGACCCACGGGCAUGAUGGUGCCAGCGGACGUUGUCAGGGUGUAUGGAGUCGUGGGGCAGGGCGGGCUGUACAUAGGGGGGGGGCGGUAGGCAGUGCAGUACAGGGCCCCGGCUGCGGCUGGUCUGGGCGUGCUGACAGGCACUCAGGCAAUAUAUAACGGUAUAACUGGCUGUUGGCGCGCGAUAGCCAUCAGAUUGAACACGAAGCCACUUGAAGUCUGGUGCAAAUAUAGCAUCCGCGA